AUCAGUUUGCUAGAAGCAUCUAGUGAGGUCUUAUUGGUUUAGGAAAACGAAAAAAAAAGUGCAAAUCAAAAUGUACAAGCUCCUGCUUUUGCUCGCUCUCGUUCCGGCCGUCAUGAUGCAACGUGCUGAUCACAUCCGGGAUGUGCAUGAAAACUGGACCCAAGUGCCGGUUCGUCCUUGCACCGGUUCUGAACGUCCUGCGCCAAGAGCCGUCCGUCUGGAACACUGCCCAUCCCUGCCAUGCCAUCUGCGCCGUGGACAUGACGCCAACAUGGUUAUGGAUUUCACCAACAAUCACGCAGCCAGCAACCUCAACACCCACGUUGAAGCCACCGCUCUGGGAGUGACCGGACCUUACAAUCUUCCGGACGAUCGUGCCGCAGCUUGCAACUGGAUGGUUGAUGCUCGUUGCCCACUGAGCGUUGGAGAAGAUUUGAUUUACCAUCUGAGCAUGCCCGUCACUGCCAUCUAUCCCCUGGUCAGCGUUGCCAUCGAAAUUGAACUUCGUUCUGACGCGGGCGUUCAUGCUUGUUUCGUCAUCGAUGCUGUCGUCACUGCCAACUAAAUUUACCGGAAUACAAUCCUAAAACCUACGCUUUGUAUGUUUAAAGUGUUCAAAUCUUCAAGAGUAUUAAUAUAUGUACUUUGAUGAACUGAUAGCGUAAAAUAUAUUUUAAGUUAUUUUUAUAA